UCCUUAAACCCUAGUGAUAUCGCGUUCCAACUUCUCCCCAUUUCGUUAAACCCUACACCGACGCCCUGCUUUUGCUUUUACGUUCAAGAGAGAUAUGGGUGGUAGUGAUAGCGAAGUAGAGAAAACGGCACAAAAAGAGGAGAGAAAGAAGCUAAUGGCUAUAGCCCCUAUUGCUAAACCACUCGCUGGUAAAAAACUCAGCAAACGAACCUUCAAACUCGUUAGGCGAGCUACGGAACAUAAAUGCUUGAAGAGAGGAGUUAAAGAGGUAGUGAAAAGUAUUCGUCGCGGUCAUAAAGGAUUGUGUGUUAUUGCUGGAAACAUUUCUCCUAUCGAUGUCAUUACUCACGUUCCACUCCUAUGUGAGGAAGCUGAUAUACCAUAUAUUUAUGUUCCUUCAAAAGAAGAUCUUGCAAGUGCUGGAGCCACUAAGAGGCCAACUUGCUGCGUUUUGGUAUUGACAAAGCCUACUAAGGGGGAACUUGGGCAAGAAGAUCAAGAGAAACUGAAGGAAGAGUAUGAUCAAGUUGUAUCAGAAAUUCACGAAACCACCUCCUCCUUGUUUUGAUAAACAAAAUUAUGAUCUAUUGAUGGUUUCACUUAAUUGCCCUCUACUUA